AUGAUUUCUGGCCUGGCGCUGUGGUUCCUGGAACUGUGCAUGGACGCACAGUAUGCUCGCAACAGUCUCUGGCCCGAGAAUGCGAGUUCUCCAGCGGUCAUGCUGACCUUAACCAGCUUGUGCGCCGCCUUGGACCAGUUGCUGGCGUUCCCAUACUGCCCUCUACCUGAGAUGAUACCCAGACUUGAUGCCUUUGUGAUGGGCUUGGCACCCAUGGCCUGCGAGACCCUAGCGGCAAUGGCUGAGGGCGACGCGACCUUUGACCCGGUGAACAUGCCGAGCCAGCGAGACAUACAACAAGAGAUCGAAGAGAUCAGAGCAGGCCUAGCCAGCUGCGUUCAAGGCAUGAUCUCCUGGCGACUGAACUUACCCCCACACGAUGGAGUGGGGUUUGAUCGCCGGGUCUACUCAGUGAUCCUAUGCAGUGACGAGCUUCUCUACCACGACACGUUCCCAAUGAUUGGGGUGAUUCGGCACGGCCUUGCUGCCAUGUCCACAGCCAUACCAGCCAGUUUGGCACAACGUGCACAGCUCACUGGAUCCGCAGCACUGCAGGGAGAACUGUACCACGCCUUAAGGCAGGCUGGUUCAGAGCCCUUAGCACCCGUUCUGGUGUCCCAUGGCGUUUUGAGAUUUGGUGACCUUGUGGCUGCUGGCGUUCCUCCAUGGCGAUUGGAGGCAACACUGGCAGCGUCUUCCCAGCGGGCGGAAGUCGCUACCGAAGAGGCCCCACAGGUUGGCCGUGUUGACCUACCGACCGUGGUGCCUCAGCGCCGUGCCAACCUUCAAGCUGCGUUGAUGGCCGCAGAGCCCAACAACAGGGUUGCCUCUUUGAAGAAACUCGAAGAUGACAUCCUUGCCAAAUCGACCAACCCAGCCAAUGACGCAAGGCUGAAGACCUACCUGGCAAUUUGCCGGGCAUGGGAAGUGGUGUCCUUCCCGCUGGACACCAACAACAUCAGAUGCUUUGCCGCUUCACUCAAGGCAGGUGGCUACAACAGCUCAGCCAUUUACUUCUCAACAUUGUGCGGAUAUCAACAGCGCACUUUGCGCACACCGAUUUCCCCAUUGGUUCGGCAGACUAUCAAAGAUUGCAUUAGAUCCAUCCAGCGAGGCGCUGGUGUGACGAAACUCAAAGAUGCUUUCAACGGAAUGCUGGUAGGCUCGAUACCCACCUCAGAGACAGUGGAACCCUUCAGCUUGACCAACGCUGCCCACAACCGCGACAUGGUGGUCCUGGGACUCUGGUUCAUGCUGAGGGAAGCCGAGAUGGCCAACGCCAAAGCACUGGACCUACAGCUGACGGGCAGGGAGGUCACGAUCACCAUCCCACUACACAAGACAGAUCAACGAGGCCAGAUGACACAACGCUGUUUGUCAUGCACUUGUGGCGUCCGAGUCCACGGCAUGUGCGUGUGGCACGCUGCGGAGAGACACAUCCUCCGUGUGGAUUCACACCCCCGCAGGGGGACGGGGGCCACCUUCCCAUUGUUUCCAACUGAAGAGGGCUUGACAGCUUCCAAGCAGCGGUUGAUCGAUGCGUUUCGAUGCGUCAUUCGACAAACAGGCACUGAGCUCGAACGGCCGGGCCCCAAUGGAACACCCAUGCAGAGAUUCCAUGGACACUGUUUGCGGGUGUCAGGAGCGCAGAUGCUGACAGCGGCAGGUGUUGAGUUGAGCCUGGUGCAGCUCCUUGGAAGGUGGACCAGCUCAGCCAUACAGCGCUACACGCAGGAUAGCGCCCUGGUGCGAGUCCCACAGAUCCCACAGCAGAUUCUCACACCUGACCAACAACCAGGCACAAUUCAACUGACUAUGGCGGCAUCGGCUUCACAACCCGAGCCAGUAGUCGUCGAAGGCCCAGUGACGACGGCAGCCAGGCCCAAAGCAACAGCCUCAAACGAGAGGGGAUUGCGAGCCGAGCUGGAAAAACUACGUGAGGCCAUCGCCCGUCCUGGCGAAACUUUUGUUUUCCGGCGGGCCCGGAUCUUGCACAGGGCCUCCACAGUGGAGGACCUGGCGAAUGACGCAGCAGCUGGUCCCACACUACAGGAGUACCUGGAAAGCAGGUCCAUCAAGACCUCCGCGACGUUAGCUUUGCUGGCAUCAGAUGAGGAGUCCCUGGACCGCACCCUGGUACAACCGCUAUUCCAGGGAUGGGCCAAAGCUGAUGGGACGACGCUGACAGUCCCCGAGAACGAGAAGCCCAUAGCAAAGGCAAUGCUGCUUCAUAUGUGGCAGUUAGCCCGCCAGGCAUGGAACAAAACAUUGGCGGCCACAACACCUCAGGCACCUAUGAACCCGCCUACCACUCCUGCCACGUCAGCUUCAACUCCGACCUCCAAUGACAAGGUGCCCAAGACCCUGGCCCCCGGGAGGUGGACACAGCUCAUCAAUGCCUAUCAAUCACAACAGAUAGGCGGCAUGGAUCGCAUCUUCCCUGUCCAAGAAUUACUAGGAACAGAACCAGUAUUGGCAAGGAUCCUGCACGAGCACGAAGUGUCCAAGCUGUACAGCCCAGUCUUGCUGGGUGAACUGAUGUCGAUGCGGACCUUCUUGCCUACAGGCGAGCCAAACCCGCUGUCAAAGAAGGACAGAUCUACUCAGAAACUGCAGCUCACUGGUGACACAGGCACCCUUGUCGCCUCAACCGAGGAGCCCUGGCAACCACGGAGCGUCCUGGCGAUUUUGGACGGACUGGAUAGCAUCCGCUGGGCAUAUGUGUUGUGCAACAUCGGAUCAGAACAAGCCAUUCACCAGUUUUUCAACUGGCUGGUCAAGCUGACAAGAAGCAGGCCCCAGAAGACAGACCAAGUCAGCCAAUUCUGGGUGACGAUCUCAUGGAAGCUGGCCAUGGAAAUGAGAGCCGGUAAGACGUUCGAUGAGACAGUGGUCAUCCUGAUGAAAGACUACGACAUCUUCUCAGAGUGCAUGACGAGGGAGCCAAGCACCACGACAACCAAAAGACCACAGACCCCGACCAAGAACACAAAUGAAGCAAAGGGGCAGGGCAAAACAAACACAAAAUCUGGGAAGAACGCCAGAUACCAGCCCUACCAGAGGCAACCACGCCAAUGGAGCUUCCACUAUGACAAGCAGCAGACAUAUGACAAGGCAUCAGACCGGUCCUACUCCCAGCAGGCGGAGUCGAAGGAGGCGCCCCUUUCACCCGGUGCGCAGCAUCAACCUCCAACACCUCACACACCGGUUGGUGAGCUGCAAUUCGAGAAGCUCCAGGAGAAGAUCAUCCUGAUCAGCUGCUUUGACGGGAUUGGCACCGCCGCCUUGGCGUUGAAUGACCUCACAAGUGGCAUCUCCCUCCAUGUGUCUUGGGAAAUUGACCCAGACUGCCUGGCGGUAAUGGCUCUGCGCCAUCCUGAGGCAAUUCAUCGCGGCGAUUUUCUGCAAGACGACCCCAACAUGGUCGCGCAAUUGAUCCGUGAACACGACCCACAAGGUCUGAUGAUUGUUUUGUUUGUGGCCGCACCUCCGUGCCCAGACUUCAGCAAAAUCAGGGACGACGCCCCAGGGUCAGCCGGCCCUGAAGGCCAAAAGUUCACACAGUAUUGUGCCUUCGUCAACAAGAUUGAGGAGCAGAUACCGCACAAGCGGGUGGGCCACUUGGUUGAGAAUGUCCUCAUGGCCAAAGGGGAGGCUGAUCAUUUCAGCAGCCGCCUCGACUGCCAGGCAGUGGCAUGCGACUCAGCCGAUCUUGGUCUGAUCAACCGUCCCAGGCUCUGGUGGAGUCGUAUCAAUUGGUCCAAGAUCAGGUCGAGCCCUUGGACAGGCCACAGACUCAAGUGGGGCAAAGCACAGAAGUUCCACAGAGUCUAUGAUGACGGACCCCGUCAGGAUGCCUCUCAACUUGACCUGGGUGAGUUCAAGCUCCACCACACCGUCGAGAACCAAUCAGCCAGGAUACCAUGCCUGACAACCCCCGCCCCAGACGAGGCUGGGAGGGCAGCACCGAGAAAGCUGCGAGGCAGGAUACCACCGGAGCAAAGAUCACGGUGGAUGCAAGACAACAGAUGCUUUGCCCCAUGGCAAUAUGCAGACCAUGCCAUGGUCUACGGACCUGCUGGUGAACCAACAGUACCCAGUGCAGACAUGAAAGAGCAGUUUCACCAAUUACCAGCACAGUUCACCAAAGCAACAGGUUUGAACCUAGCAUUGGCCCGGGCACAUGGACACCACAUCCUUCAUGCAUACCACCGGCCACAAGCAUGUGGCACCAUUGGGAGUUGGCACAACGAGCCCAACACCAUCUCCAACAAGCUCAGGUCCGAGAUAUUGGAUGAGCUCGAAGAGAUGGUCCUCUCACGGGCAGAAACAACAAUGGCAUGGUGGCAAGAGCUGCCCCCACAUGUGGCACAGGUCUACUAUGACAAAGAACACAGACAGAUCUCACAGAUCCCAGUGUUUCUCGACCUCCUACACCUUGCUGGCAUGCCUGACUUGGCCACCCUGGCAACCGACUUACAGCAGGGCUUCAACAUGUUGGGUGAAAUUCAUGAUGGUGCAGGAUGGCUCCCACGGGCCGAUCAACGAUAUGACUUCCCAAUUUCCAUGGAAACUUUCAGGGAGCACAACAAGAACUACACCAUCAAGAAACUCCAAUCAGGCCGUGUUGAUGACGCGUGGCAAGUGAUGCUCACAGAACUCUUGCAAGAACUUGACAAGGGCCGCAUGGACGGACCAUUCAUUGCUCCGGAGUGGUGGCCGGUACAAGCCAUCUCAAUACCAGGGCGUGAUGCACAACAACUCCCUGAUGGCGCGACGUGCUUUUCAUUUUGCUUCAGCGUCAAACAAUCCGACAAGACCCGACGAUGCGAAGAUUUCAGAAGGUCUGGCCACAACAUGACCAUCAAGACCGGAGACACCCCUCAUCACCAUGACGUGCAGACCUUUGCUGCACUUGCCAGGGCAUACCCUGCCCACUCUGAGCUGCCACAUGUAUGGGCACAAGAUCUGAACGGACCGCUGAUUUUGCGCCAUUUUGCCUUGUCCUUCGGCGCAACGGCAUCAGUUUGGUCUUUCAAUCGCAGCGCCGAUGCCAUGACGUUUCUGGCACGGAGAUUACUGGGGAUUGCCAUUGGUCAUUACGUUGAUGACUUCAUAGCCAUUGAACCGCACAACCUGGCGAUCAGCAGCUUCGCCCAGUUCACGCGGCUAUCCAGGCUACUAGGACUCCGCAUGAAGGAAUCCAAAGCCUUAGAACCCAGCCCCAAGCAGAAGGUCUUGGGAGUUCUCAUGGAAGUACAAGAGGAUGAGAUUAUCCUCAGACCACACCCAACCAGGUGUGCCAAGGUUAUCAUUCUCAUCAAUAAUGCCCUGAAGCACAACCGGCUCACCAAUGACGAGGCCCAACGCCUUGCCGGAAAGUUGGUAUUCCUGACCUCUACGCUUUUCGGCCAAUUGGGCCGGGCGGCUUUGGCCCCAAUUUACGCUCGAGCGCAUGGCCUGUCUGAAUGCGACAAAGCAUGCCAGCUCAACAAUGCGCUCCGGGCGGCUCUGGUGGCGUUACGUACCAUGCUCACCGAGAUCCAGCCAAAAAGAAUCCCUAGAAGAGUGACACAGAAACCAGUCAUCAUUUACACAGAUGCCUACUUCACUCUGAAUGGGGAACAGUUUUCAACGGGUUCAGACAGGCUUCCAACACAGUGGAACAAGUCCAGAUGCUGUCAGUUUGAGAACGGAUGGGGCUACGUAGUCCAUCACAAUGAUCAGACACGAUUUGGUGCUGGACGCGUCCCGGCCAAAGUCAUACGCAGAUUUUGCACCAGAAAAGCCUACAUCUACUUCCUUGAGAUCCUGGCCCAACUAGUGUGCCUCUUGACACUACGGCCACAUCACGAUUUGAUGCUGAUCUCAUUCAUUGACAAUCAACCUGGACGCUACGCUCUGCUCAAGGGAUACUGCAAAGAUCCCAGAAUAUGCCAGAUAGUCUCCCUGACAUGGAGGCUCAUCUCACAGAUGGGAUGGCACCUUCAGCUCGAAUGGGUAUGCUCAGAACACAACAUCAGCGACAAGGUCUCCAGACAUGACUUCAGCGAGAUGCAAAGCAUUGCAGCACACCAAGAUGACCUUGAGUUCUCAGAGCUCUUCGCCAUCCUCCUGCGUGCCGCAGAUGAUGACGAGUACGCCAAUGGCUCUGCUCUGAACGACCUGCUCCAAUUGAAGCUACAUGCAGCUACCUCCUCAUCACUGGCAGUUUGGGGAAUAGCUGGUGCCAGUGCGGUGAAAUAG